AGGUUUCAAUGUUUUCAUGUACCCAAUCGCUGCUGCGCCGUCGCGGUCACGGGCACGUCCUGAAGUUCCUGGAGGGUGUGCCGACGCCGUCGAAGCUCAUCGACCACCUCGCCGGCGCCGACCUGCACGCCUCGGCAGAGCUUCAGUUCUUCAACACCGUCCCCCGCUACGUCGACACGCAGCGCGAGCACCGCAUGUCGAAACUGUUCUUUCACCACGUCCUCUACCCCGCUGGGGGAGCGCGACUGCCGUAUCAAGCGGUGGUCGUGCGCGGGGGACGCGCGGUGCGGACCUCGGCCCCACGGCUGUGGCGCAAGACAAAUGCCGGUGCGAAGGGGAGAACAGAAAAGGGCGAAGGAAAGGAGCAGCGUAGGCAAUCUUCUUCCUCGCCGCUUCCGCGACCGCGCCAGGAUCCGCUUGCCGUCCCCGCCUCUCAACUCGGUUCGUCUGCACCGUUUGGUGCCCCGCCAACGCAGCUCAAGCUUAACAGUAACCGCAGCGCAGCAGCAACGGCAACAACAGCGGUAAUCGAAGAGGUGCCGUCGUCCUCGGCCUGGGUACGCGUGGACCCCGCACGGCGCCCGUACUUCUUCUCCCAGGCAUCCCCGAGCGCAGGAAAUCCAAACCGCUUCCGCAACACACACGCCGACACUGGGCCUACCGCGACGAACCGCUAUCUGCCGCUCUCCAGAACGGGCGUUCACGACACUGUGCCAGCGGCAAGGGCGGUGGAGGACGACGUUCUGACGCCUUUGCGGGGGGUACUGGAGCACUACUGGAACGACAACGCUGAGGGGACGGCGCCGACACAGUCGUCGCUGGCUGCAGCCCGGCUGCAGCUGCUGCUUGCUCCCUCCUUCGGGGGGCUUCUGUGGAUGUCAGAGAAGAGCGGUGGUGGCGGCGGCAAUCCUGUCGCCUCUGACUCAGCCAUCGACAACUCGACUCCGUCGUCGUCGUCAGUCUGGGAAAGGCUCAUAGAAAGUCUUCAACAGAGUCUUCAGCAGCAACAGCAUCAGCAGCCGUCGUCAGAAGGGCGGACAGCGAGCACGUUCACCUACGUGCAGACUCGGCUGCCGCCGGUGGCCACGGUGGCUCUUCCGAUGGAGCACCACCGUCCACGAAGCGAACCUCUACGAAGUGAGGAGGAAGACGAUGGGCCAUCGUUUCUAUGUAGGAUGGCAGGCGGGGUGGAGCCGGUGGUGCCCUUCGCCGUUGGACGGCUGCUGGCAGCGCCGUCGGCGUCUUCCUCCACUCCGUCCGACGUCCUCUUCUCUCACAUUUCAUGUCUCACGCGAGUGAACUUGAAAGUGUCUUGGUCGGGGCCUUCAGCGGCCUCAGCCGCAACGGCAGCGGAGGCCGUCCCCUCUCCCCAUCAUAGCCGUGGUGAACAGAGAAACGAGACAGUCGAUGCAAGCGUAAAAGCGCCUCUCUCACAGGCAGCGGCGGAGCCGUGGAAGCUGGGCGAUGACGGUCUUGAUCUCAUGGUUCCGCAGCACGUACGCACCGUGGCGGAGCACCACCCCACCAAGUCCCUCCAACGUGACGCCCCAUCCUCCUCGACGACCACCGCCGGUGCGACGCAUGGUGCCGUUAAAGGCGACCGUUACGUGCUCGGCCGCGCCGACGCCGAGACUUACCUACUCCCUCAGCGGGAGCUUCUUCUCACUCUCUACGUCCCGGUGCGCACAGAGGACAUGUGCGCAGCGCAGAACGAUGAGCGGCUGCGGCGGCAAGUGCACGCGGGUCGGGCCAGCCGCUCCGCGGCGAUGGCGUGGCCCACCGAUCAGACACGGCUGACGUCGUCACGGCGCGCACUGGGGCAGUUCGCCAACGCGGAGAGUGCGGCCAGGACAGGCACCUCUCAAUCCUCUCACCUCCCUUCCACUUUACUCUCUUCCUCAGCGAAGCAAGAUCCAGCAGCACCUGCGGCGGCGCUUACCUCUCGCACCAGCUACGAGGUGCGUGCGCUGCCCGGUGAUGUCGUGUACGUUCCUCGUGGUUGGGGCUACGAUGUGCAGCGCAUCGUCGGCACGGCCACUGUUCACAACGGCCUUCACAAAGCGCUCCGCGGAAGUGAGGCGAGUUAUGCGUUCAGUGAUCAUCGUGCGUUGGGAGGCAGUCCCGGCUCCUUCACGCGUACGCGUCCAACGCACUCCACGUCGUCACCACUAUCUCGGGCCACACAGGGCGGGGAAGUGGAGGGUGAAAAAGAGACUAGCGUCACGGCGUCGGCAGAAGUCUCCUCCAUCGCGAUCGACGCGUUCUGUCUGAGCUAUCACCCCUAUCCUGAGCUGACUGCUGCCCAAGCAGCCGUGUACGUGGCGGCGAACUACGUGCAUGCCGGCGUCGAGGAGUUUUACGAGCAAGGUGGGAAUCGGGUGCAUCGCUCCUACGAGUAG